CUUGGGGGAAUUAUAUAUAUAUAUAUAUAUAUAUGGGUCAUUGACAAAUAAGGUUUUUAAAAGUGUAAAAAACAUAAUGGAGAUAUAAUUAAUUUUGAAGUUUUAUUAAAUGUUAACAAUGAGAUUGUGUUUUUUAUAAUCAAUUAGCACUGCUUUUGUAAUUUUUUUUUACAAGAUGGGCAAGAUUUUUCACCAAAAAGUAAUUUGGUUUAACCAAAAUUCCAGUUUUACUGAAUGACACUUUUGGUUAUACCUAAUGAUGACAUUUUCAAACAAUGCUAACAGGCUGAUAUCUAGCUAGCUAGCAAAAGGACAAUCAAAUGUUAUAUUUAGUACAAGUUUUUUAAAUAUUACAACAUUUUCCAUGUUUUAUAGCGGUUGUACCGAAUGGCCUGAUGUUUCAGCAAGUGAAAACAUGAAUUUUUCAAAUAGUUAAGAGAGAGUUGGUUACUUUGCAUCACGACUAUGUGGUCCUUUGCAGAUGUCUGAAUGAUGUCACAUCCUGUCACAUGAUAUUGAUUGCAUGACUUGAUCCAAAAUGGUCCCUUUAUAUUGGUUACUCCGCAUGACAUCAAUGAAGUUCAUUUCUUUCUCAUAACAAAGCAACGACUUCUACACAUAAUUUAAUACCAUUUUACACUGUGUUGAUAUAUGAUGUUAAAAAAAUCAUGCCGGAAUAAAAAAAUAUAUACAUUUAUUACAUUUUAAGAUAUUUUAAUUACAAAUGAAGUGGCUGAAUUGGCCUUUGGAUGGUUAAACCGAAUGACCUUUUGACACUUCAAAAUCUUUAUGUUGCAAAAUAUAAUUAAAACUUUUUGGAUUCAAUACAAAAAGAUCUAGUUUUACUACCUUACAUACUUUGGAUGUCAUAUUUGUUUUUUAUUAUUAUUAAUUUUUAUAUAUAUUAAAGUGGCCCUUCAAGUAUUUGCACACACAUUUCAGGCAAAAUAUUUCACAAAUAUUAGUUCAUUUCAAGUUAUAAAACAAUACAUAUGUUGUUCAAAAUAAAGACAUUUAGACACUUUUUUGGGGGGUGCCAAAUGUUAAUGGGUUGUUGUGAUGAACUACACCUGUGGAAAACACCUUCUGAUAAGACCUGUGUGAACUUGAGAACUGAGUUCAUAUAUAUUCAGUAAACGUAACAACAUUGAAACUGUACCUGGUUGAAAAUAACUUCAAAUGUGAAGUUAAUUCUGAGAAAAGCAAUUUGGUUUGAUUGUUUGUUAUCUAUGCAAUUAAAUUCAUACGUUAGUAGGCUAUUAGUAUGAAUUACAAAGUGUAGCUUAAGUGUCCAAAUACUACUUAGGGUCAGAGGAGUAUGUGCAUCCAGAUGAAUGGUUUCUAUAUCGCAUGCAGGAGAGCUGCUGAUUACCUCUCUGUCGGUUGUGGAGCUAUUGUCAGGGUAUAGGGCACUUUGGGGAAAGUUUUAUGCUUCCCUUGGUCCAAGUUGUUUCUCUUGCAAAUGAGCAGCUCGUUGGUGAUGGUGCAGAUGUUCUGUAAUGAGGGUCAUUAGGAGUGAGAAUAAGAAUGGACUGAACUGGCAGGGCUCUAGGCGCCUCAUUAUGCAGACGAUGGGGGUGCGAAUGGCUGCUUAAGGGUCCCAAACAAAACCAGGGGGAGGAGAGUAAGAAGAAGCCAGAAUUCAAAUUCCACAGAAGAAACCGGGCUUAUUGUCAGAGCCGCGGGAUUUACCCUCUUAGUCGUAUCGUGGAGAGCACGAGACAAGCAUCUCCGGAGCGCGCAAUACUAUAUGUGGAUACUUGCGAUGGCCACAGUUACGCGCACACGGGUUUCACUGCUGGUCCUCGCUUUCAUGGCUAUUACUAUAGGAGUACAGUGCCGAUCGCUUCGUUCACAGCUUCGCAAGGUGACGUCGUUUCAAGGAGAGCGUAAAAUCCGUAUUGGACACGUCCAGAGACGGAGCCGUCGCGAACCGGGCUCCGAGCACGACCAGUGCGCCCUCCUGAGCGCACCGUGGACGGAGAGCACCACUCCGCUUGGUGACUGGGGCCAGAUGUACCGUCUGAAGAUAUUAUCCACGAUGAGUGAUGGUCCACGUCGUGCUGUUUUCCCAGAACAAGCCCUCUUCAGAUUCGUUAGACGGGUGUAUCGCUGUUGUCAAGUGGGGUACCACUGUGGAAGUGUCAAGGGAAUACAAGGCGGAAAAGUUGGGGACUCCACCAUUGAGUUUCUGCUUGGCGAGGAUGUGCUGUCAGCACCGUUGGAGAAAGCGGAAGUUCAUUUUCACUUUUCAAACCCCCAGCACCUCAACAUCCAACCUGUGCUCCCCUCACUGGAGAAACGAGGGUUCCCUACUAGGUACAGCGUCUGGUUGAGAGAUGGUGUCGUGGAGCUGAGAGUAGACCUGCUUGCCCUCUUCCAGGCUCUUCAGCUGGUGAUCGGAGGAUCCAGUAGAGGCCCAAGCCUGAUGGAGAUGCAUCGGGUGAGGGGCUUGACCAGACCAGGGGCCGUUGUCCAAAAGCAAAGACCCCCAUCCCUUCAAGACACAGUGCCUGUAGUGUGGGGGGAGGUAAAUGAGGGCAGGGAGGGUGCGGCCCCCCUGCAGCCCACUUUAGAGCUGGGACUGGCUUUACACUGCAGCUUAGUGGACAAUAUCGCACAGCCCUGUCAAAAUUAUGGCGUACAUCUAGAACAUGCACCCUUCAUUGCUCUGACGUACAGAUAGCAAGAUAUAUGCAACCAUAUUGAACAGUGAUUUUAGCAAAUACAUUUCGAAACUGCUGCAACCAAACACUGUCAAUCCCUAGCGCUCCCCCUUCACAAGUUCUUUGUGGCCAUAAAGUCUCCGUCCAUUCAGUCCACUAACACCUGGUGUGAAUGUUCCCUGGAUGGUUCGCUAUUUUUUAAGAAUUGCUAAUGAUUCCCAUUGUUCUGUGACAAUGGUGCUUCAGCUCUAGAGAGCUUACUGUAAUUCAGAGUGGCCUAUGUUAUAUGGAACACUAUGCACUUCAGCAUGUAAAUUGAAUUUAUUAAAUUAUGGGUGUUAUUUGUGAGAUAAAUGUAAAUAGUGUAUAAUUACAGUUCUAUAUAUAAAAACUUUUUUUGCGUUGUA